AUCAACUCUUUAGUGGAGAUAAAUUAUAAACACUAGUAUUUGUUAUCCACAAUAUUCAUUCUAACCUUCAAUCUUUCAUGGAUGCACCACCACCACAAUCACCACCACCUCCGACGCAGCAGCUGCAGCCGCAGCCGCAUGAAGAACACAACGCACCAAUCCUAAAAUAUAAGACAUGGGUUCUCAAAGUCUCCAUUCACUGUGUUGGUUGCAAGCGAAAAGUUAAGAAAGUCCUCCAAACCAUUGAAGGUGUGUAUAUCAUUGAUAUUGAUUCCAAGCAGCAUAAAGUUACAGUUGUAGGCAACGUUGAAGUGGAUGCACUUAUAAAGAAGCUGGUAAAGACCGGAAAGCAUGCCGAGAAGUGGCCGGAAAACCCCGCCAAAAAAGAGAAGAUGCCUGUCUCCGGCGAGAGUAAAGGGUUUGAAAGCAGCAGUGAUGAAGAAGAUAACAAUAACAAUAAUAUUAAUAAUAAUCACCCCCCAACUGGACCAAAUGAGAAUGGAAACACUCCAGGUAAAAGCGGUGGUCCAUCGGUAAAGUUCGCCGGUGUCCCGCAGAAUAUUCCAGCUCAGGCGAGUGAUCAAAUGGGUGGUGGUGGCGGUGGCGGUGGCGGAGGAGGGCAAGGUGGAAAGAAAAAGAAAAAGAAGAAGAAAAAAAAGAGUUCAGGUGCAGCAAAGGCUCCUGGUGGACCAGCAGACACUGGAUUGGUACCUCCAGAACCGGGGACUACUCAAGUGGUUGAUCGAAUGCAUCUCGGCUCUCCACGUGGCAACUCGUAUCCGGUGCAUGCUGGUCCAGCUUACGCUGUAUGUUACAAUGAGGCGCACCCGAGUGGAAACAGUGGUCAUGCGUACUAUAUUCCUACGACGCCAUACACGUAUGAUUACACGGAGGAUGAUGAUGGCUACGUAAUGUCAUCUCGUCCGUCCGAUACAUUUGAGAUACUUAGUGAUGAAAAUCCAUAUGGAUGUUAUAUUAUGUAACUAUGUAAGGCAAUGUUCCUCCCCGUCUGGGUCGACGGUUAGAGAGGUGUUAUUAAUUAUUCCCCUAAUCUCCCCGUAAGAAUGUUUUGAAGGCGGUAUUUUUCGCAAGUUGUUGGUUCAUUUGGCGUGUCCGGAAUGAAAAAAGUAUUCAACAACAAGAAUCCGUUUAUCUAGAGAUUGGUUGAAGAUACGUAUGAGUGUCGAAUAGUGCUAAGAAUCUACGUAUUGUGCGGGUAGAAUGGUGUAAUUUUAACUUUUCUAAUCUCGUGUAGGAUGAUAUAUACUCGUGGUGUAUCCCCUAGCAUGUUGCUAGUGUAGUUUUUAACUUUUUAUGAUAAUAUACGUCGUUCAAAACUCAAAUGUAA